AUGGACUUUCUACGACUUUCAAUACCUGUUGUUGUUGAUCAUUGGCUUCUUCUCCCUCACCAUGAUCCAAUCCCCUGGACCCUCGCCAAGACCGCCAUCGCGACCAUGCUCCUAUUCUCCCUGCUCCUCCCCCUCACCAGGCAGUUCUUCCUCCCUUUCUUGCCCAUUGCGGGAUGGCUCAUCUUUUUCUACGCUUGCCAAUUCGUUCCAAGUGAUUGGCGACCCGCUAUCUGGGUCCGGGUCCUUCCCGCCAUGGAAAACAUCCUCUACGGCGCCAACAUUAGCAACAUUCUGUCGGCUCACCAAAGCGUAGUUCUUGAUAUUCUGGCUUGGAUUCCAUAUGGACUCUGCCACUACGGAGCUCCCUUUGUCGUGUCGCUCAUUCUCUUCAUCUUCGGUCCCCCGGGUACAACUCCACUGUUUGCCCGAACUCUCGGAUACAUGAGCAUGGUUGCUGUGACUAUUCAGUUGGCGUUCCCCUGCUCACCACCAUGGUAUGAGAACUUGUACGGCUUAGCUCCAGCAGACUACUCGAUGCAAGGAAACCCGGCUGGUCUUGCUCGCAUUGACAAGCUCCUCGGCAUCGACCUGUACACCUCGGGUUUCAAGCAGUCCCCCGUGGUUUUCGGAGCUUUCCCCUCGCUCCAUGCUGCUGAUUCCACCCUGGCUGCUCUGUUCAUGAGCCAUGUUUUCCCUCGACUGAAGCCCCUCUGGGUCACCUACACGCUCUGGAUGUGGUGGGCUACUAUGUACCUAUCCCACCAUUACGCCGUCGACCUCGUCUGUGGCGGUCUUCUCGCCACGGUGGCAUUCUACUUUGCCAAGACUCGUUUCCUCCCACGCGCUCAACCAGACAAGAUGUUCCGCUGGGAUUACGAUUUUGUCGAGGUCGGGGACUCGUUCCGUGAGGUCGGUUACGACCUGGCCAGCCUGGACGGUGAUUUCAACCUUGACAGCGAUGAAUGGACCAUGGGCUCUUCUUCCUCCGUUUCUUCAGGCUCUUUGAGCCCUGUUGAGGAUCACUAUGCCUGGGAAGGCGAAACUCUGACUUCGAACCACGACUUGGAGUCCGGUCGGUAA